UUAUGAGUGAAGAAAUAAAAAAGAGGGAAAUAUGUUCAUACCUGUUUGAGGUACAUAUGUUCUUCAACCAACAAUCUUCAGAUCUAUUCCGAGUCCACAGAUUCUAGAGAGAGAGAGAGAGAGAGAGAGACGUUCGUUGGGAUGGAUGAGAAGUUGUUACAGCGGUUGGAAUCGGCGGUGGCUCGUCUGGAAGUGCUGUCGUCCGGCGGAUUUGGCCAGGGAACACCGCGCGACGGUGACAUUGCUGCUGCGGCGGCGGCAUCGGAUCCAUCCAUCAUCGCGUUCGAAGAUCUGAUUUCGCAGUGCGUCGGGAGGCUUUGCAGUGCUGCUGACAAGAUUGGUGGAGUUGUUUUGGAUGUCACCAAGGUUGUCAAGGAUGCAUUCUCUUCCCAGAAGGAGCUUCUCAUCAGGAUCAAAGAAACAAAGAAACCUGACGUGAAGGGUCUCAGUGAGUUCUUGAAGCCUUUGAAUGACGUUAUUAUGAAGGCAUCAUCAAUGACAGAAGGACGGAGAUCUGAUUUCUUCAACCACUUGAAGGCUGCUGCUGAUAGUUUAGCAGCACUGGCAUGGAUUGCUUACACAGGAAAAGAUUGUGGUAUGAGCAUGCCCAUAGCCCAUGUUGAAGAAAGCUGGCAGAUGGCUGAGUUUUACAAUAACAAGAUUCUUGUGGAGUACAGAAACAAAGAUCCAAAUCAUGUUGAGUGGGCAAAAGCUUUGAAAGAGCUGUAUUUGCCUGGAUUGAGAGAAUAUGUUAAAACUCACUAUCCUCUGGGUCCUGUUUGGAAUGCAACUGGGAGAACUUAUGUAUCGCCGCCGGCAAAAGUGCCCGGUACAACUCCGGCACCUCCAGCUCCUCCCUCAGCUUCACUUUUUAACACCGAAUCCCCUAAGCCUUCAUCAUCGCAUCCAAAGAAAGGAAUGGCUGCUGUUUUUGAAGAAAUAAGUUCAGGGAAGCAAGUAACUUCUGGGUUGAGAAAGGUAACUGAUGAUAUGAAAACAAAGAACCGGGCAGAUAGAACUGGCAUUGUUGGAGCUGGUGAAAAGGAUAACCGUGUUAACUCACCCUCAUUCUCUAAAGCAGGACCUCCAAAAUUAGAGCUCCAAAUGGGCCGCAAAUGGGUAGUGGAGAAUCAAAUUGGGAAGAAAAAUUUAGUCAUUGAUGACUGUGAUGCAAAGCAGUCUGUAUACAUCUUUGGCUGUAAAGAUUCUGUUCUUCAGAUCCAGGGAAAAGUUAAUAACAUAACCAUUGAUAAAUGCACUAAGAUGGGAGUUGUAUUCUCGGAUGUUGUGGCAGCUUUUGAAAUUGUCAAUUGCAGUGGCGUAGAGGUGCAAUGCCAGGGUGUGGCACCGACAAUCUCGGUGGAUAAUACAUCUGGGUGCCAGUUAUACCUUAGCAAGGACUCUUUGGAGGCUUCUGUCACCACAUCCAAGUCCAGUGAGAUCAAUAUUUUGGUGCCUAGUGCUGGACCUGAUACUGAUUGGGAUGAACAUGCUUUGCCUUACCAGUAUGUGCACGUUUACAAGGAUGGCCAAUUCAUAACGUCGCCGGCCACCCACUCUGGAGGUUAAAAUAAAAUGUUAAAUGGCGAGUCCUCUCUUCCGGUAUCUUACACUUUCCAUUUUCUUUGAACCUACGUUUUCUUUGUUGGGUGUCCAAUCUUUUUUCUUGUUGGGCAGUUUGAUUUUAUCACGAUAAAGAAAGAAUUCAUUGUGAAAGUUAUAUCUGUACACUUUGUUUUCGUUUGUAUUAAAACUGAAUUCGCCGAAUAUUACUUUCAGUGAAUAUUUAUCACCCAAUCUUACAUCAAGCCCCUACACAAUUCUGCC